UCAUUUUUGUUUUGUUUGGCUCUUCUUGUCAGCAUUGUUGUCUUGUUUCAAUUAUACAUACAAAGGAAAAAGACCAGUGGCUUUUAUAGGUCCAUCCAUCUGCCUCUUUUCUGCCAUCUUUGAUUAAUUAUCACUUUCCUCUUCUCCUCCUUCUAUAGUCUUUGCUUCUUCGAUUGCCAGGUCUGUUUAAUUCUUCUCCAUCUCCCUCUUUUGUAUUGUCUCUUUGACUUUCUUCAAAAGUCCCUUCAAAUCCCAGGGUCACUGCUCUGCACACAACGGAAAUGAAGAUGGUCUUGAAAGUGGAUUUGCACGAUGAAAAAGCAAAGCAGAAGGCCAUGAAAGCAGUUUCUGGCCUUUCUGGAAUCGAUUCUCUAGCCAUGGACAUGAAGGAGCAGAAAAUGACAGUCAUUGGGGCUGUUGACCCAGUCGAGGUGGUGAGCAAGCUGAAGAAGAAAUGGCACGCCGACCUUCUGACGGUCGGGCCGGCCAAGGAACCCGAGAAGAAGAAGGAAGAGCCCAAGAAAGAGGAAGGCAAGAAGGAUGAGGACAAGAAGAUUGCAGAGCUUAUCAAGGCGUAUGAAGCCUAUAAUCCACACCUCACCAAAUAUUACCCCGCGGUCAGCAUGGAAGAGAACCCGAAUGCUUGUGUCAUAUGUUGAAAUUAAAUUUGAAUUUUCUUUGAGGUUUGAGAGAGCAGAAGUGGGAUUGAGAUGUCGGUAAUUCAUGGUUUGGUUGAUGUUCCUGAUGAACAAGCCCCCAAGAUGUACCUGAAAGCCAGGGCUUCCUUUUGUAAAGUUCAUACUUCAUAGGGGUCAAUAUGUCAUCUCCGCUUUCGCAAUUUACACUGUUGAUGAGAAUAUGUAUAGAUAUAUAGAGAGAAGUAAUAUUGAACACGUUUUUGGUGGGGAGAGGAAAUGAAUGUACAGAUUUUUCUGGGCA